AGGGGACACAGCAGAAUUAAUAUCAACAAAAUACAACAUAAAAUCUCACUAGAAAGCAAAAUUAAUAAUAAAUACAAAUAAACUCAUCUCGACAUUUUGAGGUCGACGCCACAACAGUCAGAUUCUAAGUCUACAACAGACUUUACUCUUGCUAUGAAGGACUUCCAUACAAAGUUCACCAGGAGAAGGACCCUUCGGGCCAUCAGCGAAAAGCAGCGAGUGACCCUGGACGUCAUCCAGAGGUGGGAGGUGCAGCACAUUGAAAUACAAGGCACAACUCCUGUCACUGGUGUGCUCUACCUGGAUGGGAUGACAUCGCCUGUCAUUGAUAUUGCUGACCCUGCAUAGGUUCGAAAGCAGCUGCUGGACAUGACGGAGCAGAAAUGCCACGUGUACCUCGGUGGGAUCCAGACCAUGCACUACAGAACAUUCGAAGACAAGAUAGGACUUCUAGGAAUGCUGGGCACUGUAGUAGGGGAUGUGAAACCCUUCUGUGGGAGGAAAGCCUUCAGGUUGUUGAGAAAUGACCCAAGAAUCUUCAGGGAGACCGCAUCAAACAGUAUGGUCAACGCUAACACCUAUACAUAUGUGCUCUAGGUAGGUCUAUCUACUUCUGUCUCUGCACCGACACACGUCCUCCCUGCACGAGUGUCCUCAGCAAAGUGUCCCUGUCGUCCUCAGCUACUGCCUGGCUUCCUGCCCUGUCCAUCGUUAUCCAUUAGCGACGGCGUUAAGGCCGGCCUCAUCUCAGCCUCAUGUCACAGCAAGCAUCCUUCAUCUCCUUACAUCAACAUUAUCUCAACACCAACCGGACAAGACAUUCGCUGACUUAGGCCUCGUCCUGGUCCUCGCCCUCACCUCCAGCUCCUUUCCUUCCUCAAUGACAAACUCACUUGCACAACAACAACUUCUUUCACCCGCUUGAUGGUAACAAUGUGUAUGUAUGUGUAUGCAUGUAAUUAACGUUAAUUUAUAUCUUUUUGUGUGUGAUUAUGUAUAUCUUUGAAAACGAUCAUUCACAUCAAAGCGUGAUUGCUCUCUGUGUGACAAUGGCUCAACUCAAGCAAGUCUGCACGAGCUGCGGCUCAACACACUUUGCUACAAAAUUAAAAUGUUACAGUAAUUCUUGUAUUAAUAUUAUAAAGCAAUAAACUUUACUUACUUACCUACACACACACACACACACACACACAUGAAAAAAAAAAUAUAUAUAAAGAAAUUAUUUGGAAUCGUUCAGUUAAACCACUAAGGAGUAAAAAGAAUUUCGAGGGAUUAUUUUCUGGAAAGGAAAAAAAAAAUAGGUAAUGUCAGAAAGGAAGAUUAAAAUAUAUUGAAAAGAAAUAGACUAAAAUAUGUUAUUCCUAAGAAAAAAAAUGUACUUAACGAUUUUUCUAUUUAUUUUCAUUGAUGUAAUAGAAAAUUCCUUAAUAUUUCCCACCUACUCGAAUUAUUCUUUAUCAAAACUGUGAAACGUAAAAUUUUUGUCUUGUUCGCACCGGUGUAAUAAACAUAAAUCCUGAAUAUUAAUUACCUAGAC